AAACAACAUAUGUUUUUAUUACAUAUUAUUUGUUCAUAAUUAUAAAAAAAAGAUUGUUCAUGUUGAGUACAUUUGGUAUUGAAAUUUAGCACUGUAGCCACAAAAUAAGGUAAGGGGGUGGCUUUGUGGAAGCGUGGCAGGAUAAUCUUGCUUAAACUUGGGCAAAAGCAAAAUGUUUUGAUCAUAAGAAAGCAAGAUUAAGCAUCAAGUAAUGCCUCUCUUAUCCAAUCAGAUCAGACUGUCCCAUCAAUAUCACAUUUAUUGUAUUACAACAAGAUUCCACAGAAUUAAAUUGAUCUAUAAAUACAAUUCAAAUCCAAAGCCCCUAAUUUCUUAGUCAAUAAUGAUCCUUUCUGAUGAAACAAAUAUCCCAAACAAAAGCCACACCCCACUUAGGAAAAUGAUGCCCACUUUAAACCACUUUUUGGGAGUUUCUUACACACAGACACCAAAUGGUAUAAUAAUAUAAAUCUUUUCUUUCUUUCUUUCUUGAGAGAGGAUGUCUGAAAUUGUUGCUAUAUCAAGUCAGAUUAUUGUAUAUUUUAUAUAUAAAAGCAUACUCAGUCACUUCUUGGCCAUCUCCCACUCAUUCUUGUUUUCUGCCACUUAAAUUAAAUAAAAUCCCCAAAUUCUCUCUUCCCUGCCCAAAAUCUUACAAUGGAUCCUUCUUCUUCCCCUCUGGCCUAUGUAACAGCCCCCAACAGCCCCACUGAUUUUGAGUUCAAAGCUUUCGACGAUCGCGCCAUGGAUUCCGACGCCGCCGACGAUCUCUCCGGCAAGUGGCGCCACCGCGAUCGCGGCGAUUCCCUGCCGGCCAUGGCGUUUGCCGACGAGCUAUUCCUCAACGGCCAAGUGAUGCCUCUGAAGCUCCCCCCGAGGCUCCUAAUUAACGACCCCUCCGAACCCAACAGCUUCCGCCGGAGAUCUCCGCCGGCGGCGGGGACCGUCUGCCGGCUGCCAUUCCCGCGGCGGAUGAGCUCGUGGAACGACGACUUUGAUCCGUUCGCCGCCGCUUUGGAGAAGGUCAGAGACGAGCCCCACCGGAAAAGCCAACACCGACGGUCGAGAUCGUAUUCGCCGUUCAGAGGCCACGUCACGCGAUCGCCGGAGCCUAAUAGAAUUACUCCGGCGACGGCGAGCCAUAGCCACAGCGGGCCGUUGGAGUUGAAAGGGUCGGCGUACGCGAGAUGGGUUCGUGACCAGACCCGCGAAGGGAUAAUUAGCCCCGCGAUAAGUCCGCGGAGCUCCGUAUUCGCGAAAAGGGUUAGGCCCGUUAAGGACGAAAACGACGAGGAAGACGGGUUGGACAACAUAGGAAGAUCGAAAGCGAAUCAUAAUGGUAAUAGUAAAGUGUGGAGGUUUGUGCAGAGGUGGAGGGCGGGAGGGUAUCUGGGGAGAGUGGUGAGCUUUAAGUCUAAAUCUAAGGGGAAGAAGAAGAAGAUGACGACGACGACAAUGGCUGUGAUGGAAUAUAAGAAGUCAUCGUCAUCUUCGUUGAUGCUUUGCUUGGGGAGAGGAGAAUGAGAUGAGAUGAUAUGAGAUGAGAUCAUCAUUGCAGAUGCAACAAUGGUGUUCUGUUCUGUACUGCAUAUUAUAUAAUAGUAUGUCUAUUACUAUUUCCUCAUAUAUACUUUGGUUUAUGUCGUCGUUUACUGUACUACUGCAAAUUUGGGGCGUUUAAGGUUGUUGUGAAUUAAUUGAAACUUCUCUCUCUCUC